CAACAGAAGCAACAGCUUACCGAUCAGAAGAAUACCUCUUUACCUCAGUUUCCGAUGACCACGAUGAGUGUUUCAUUUGUAGACAGCCUAUCAGCUGCACCGAUUUUGCUCUUUUGCUUUCUGGCUUGUUUCCUCCUGAAAAGAAAGUCAUUUCGGGAAAAUUCUUUUUCCAAGUUGCCUCCAGGACCUUGGGGCUUACCAGUGAUAGGUGCGUGCUUUCGUGUGGGACGCAAUCCUCAUGUUGACUUCACAAGAAUGGCAGAUAAAUACGGAGACGUUUUCAGCCUAAUGCUCGGAAAUCGUUUAGUUGUGGUGCUCAACGGAUUAAACGUCAUUCAAGAGACAAUUAUCAAGCACCCGACAGUUUUUGCUGGCAGACCGCAACUGCACACCUUCAACCUUGCCAAUCCUCAUGGUAACAGUCUCACUGUGGGCGACUACACACCUAAUUGGCGGCUCAGUCGGAAGAUGAUGGUUGCAGCAGUUCACAACUUUGCAAAGAAUACAAGUACCUUGGAAAAAAAGCUUUUAAAGGAAUCUGAACGCCUGGUCUGCUGCUUAAAGCAACAGAAAGACAAAGCCUUUGAUGUCCGUAUCACUCUCAAGUUUGCCAUAGCUAACAUCAUUUUCAAUGCGCUGUUUGGAAUCAACCGUUCAUACGACGACCCAGACCUUCGACGUUUACUCGAGCUUGCCGACAACUACCGAGAGGCUGUGCAUGGCAGCAGCCACAUUGAUUUCAUGCCGUUUUUGAAGCAUCUUCCUAAUAGAGCACUCAAAAAGCUCGUGCUUGCAAUAAAAGAAGUCUCAUCUGCCACUAAGAAGAUGUUUUUAAAAAACAAAGAAACCUACACUAACGGCCGAGUUCGCAAUAUUGCUGAUGGUUUUAUAGAUGUCCUUGAGAAAGAAACGAUGAAAGAGAAAGAGAAUGGUCAGAACAAUGAAGACACUCAAGUUGAAAUGGCUCCCCUGCUGAAUGAUGAACAGAUUGUUCACGUUUUGUCAGAGCUCUUCGGUGCAAGCUUGGACACCUCAUCCAUCACCAUUUACUGGGGCUUAGCAUACUUAAUCAAGCAUCCCGAGAUCCAAUCUCAGUUGCAAGAUGAGUUAGACAAUGCAAUUGGACGAGAUCGCCUUCCAACCCUUACAGACAUCCCGUCCCUUCCUCUGCUCCAAGCCACAGUCUACGAGCUUCUGAGGGUGACAAGUGUUGCGCCUCUGGCGAUUCCCCAUUCAACCACCACUGAAACAACCAUUCGCGACUUCACAAUCCCAAAAGACACAAUGGUUUUCGUUAACCUGUGGUCUCUACAUCGCGAUCCAGCAAUCUGGGAAGACCCGGAAGUUUUCAACCCACGACGUUUCCUCAAUGAUGCUGGAGAGCUGAUCGAUCCGAAGACAUUUGGAGGCUUCUUGCCCUUUUCAGGGGGUCGUCGAAGGUGUCCUGGAGAAAGCCUUGCUCUGAAAACCUUGCCUGUAUUACUUGCAUCAUUAAUACACAGCUUCCGUUUCUCGCAAGACGGUUUGCCUGCUGAAUAUCAAGGUAUUAAUGUUGAAGGGCAUUUCGGCCUCACCCUGAUGCCAGAGAAAUUUUAUACAUUAAUCGAGGAGCGCAACUGAAGAGCCUCAGUGAACUGAGACACAAUGACAAUACUUUCUAAGUUUUAAUCCUUAGAAGUCUUUGAAAGAAUCUUGAGUAACUUAUUUACAUUCAAGUAUAGACAUACCAAACUUUUUUAUUGUUUUUAUCCUACAUGGAUUUAUAUGGUUUUGAUGAAAUGAUUAUGGAAAAUUACCGUAAUACUGCUAUGAAGUUGUUUUAUAUUCUCGCUGAGAUGAAUACUCGGAUUAACGUGUCAAUAUGUGGUUAUUGUGCCUUGCCUGUUAAGGUUAUAUUACUAUUAUUAUACCAAACAAUUCUCAGUCCUUUAUUUUGAGCUAAUUUUUUUUAUGGGAAUUCGAUGUAACAGUCGAAUUUUGUUAUUUGAUGGGUAGCCCUGUUUCUUAUAGAUCAAUUUGUCAGCCAAAGAAAAUAUGUAGCACAUCUUGCCAGAGUGGGAAAAGAGAAGGAUAAAACCCUCUCGAGGAUUCGAACCUUGCAUGUUCUGAUGUUUUGGUCUGAUGCCAUAUUUUAAUAUGGCUUUUCAUAUCUAAAAAUAAGGUUUGUAUAUUAAAAUAUACAAACCUUUGUUUUAGAUGUGAAAAGCGUCCGGUACAUUGUUCAUAGGAUCAGUAAACCCAAAAGCGUCAGGUGUAGAAGAAGAUUCAUCUAUUGCCAGUUUGGCUCGGCUCACGACAUUCUUCUCAUUCGUUGGUUGAGGGUUUUUCAAUCAUAUAGCCAUGCUUAAAAAAAGCCUGCAUUUGGCAUGCUUCUCUUUUUCUAUUCAUUAAAUCGAGGAGCUGUUUAUUUCUUUUGCUACAGCAAAAGGCGCGGCAUAAAAAUAUUGCUGCUGAGAAAGUGAUAGAGAAAGACUUCCCUGGCGUUUUAAAUUUCCAUGGUCACCACGUCCUGCGAUUCUGCAGUGAGCCAGUAACAUAUAAUAUGACAGAUUAUGAAUAGAAAGGGACUGUAUAUGACAGAUUAUGAAUAGAAAGAGAUUGUAAUCUUUGGGCUUACAGGAGAUAGAUAUUAAAGUAAACUUAUUUUCGA